AGGUGCAAGUGGGCUAGGCAGAAAAGGGGCGGGACUUCCAGUGGGAGGCGGCAGGUUUGAAAAGGGGCAACGGUUAGUGUUUGCUGAUUUUCGACUCCGGGUGGCCAUUCAGCCUACACCUCUUUUUCUGGCCGACUGCUAAUGCGACUAGAAGGAGAUUUCCAAGAUGGAAACUUUGUCUUUCCCCAGAUAUAAUGUAGCUGAAAUUGUGGUUCAUAUCCGUAAUAAAUUUUUAACAGGAGCUGAUGGUAAAAACCUCUCCAAAAAUGAUCUUUACCCAAAUCCAAAGCCUGAAGUAUUACACAUGAUCUACAUGAGAGCCUUACAAAUAGUAUAUGGAAUUCGACUGGAGCAUUUUUAUAUGAUGCCAGUUAACUCUGAAGUCAUGUAUCCGCAUAUAAUGGAGGGCUUUCUACCAGUCAGCAAUUUAUUUAUUCAUCUAGAUUCAUUCCUGCCCAUCUGCCGGGUGAAUGACUUUGAGAUUGCUGAUAUUCUAUAUCCAAAAGCGAAACGGACAAGUCGAUUUUUAAGUGGAAUCAUUAACUUUAUUCACUUCAGAGAAGCAUGCCGUGAGACAUAUAUGGAAUUUCUUUGGCAAUAUAAAUCCUCUGUGGACAAAAUGCAGCAGCUAAACACUGCACACCAGGAGGCAUUAAUGAAAUUGGAGAGACUUGACUCUGUUCCCGUUGAAGAGCAAGAAGAGUUCAAGCAACUUACAGAUGAUAUUCAGGAGCUGCAGCAAUCACUGAAUCAGGAGUUUCGUCAAAAAACGAUAGUCCUGCAAGAAGGAAAUUCCCAAAAGAAAUCAGAUAUUUCAGAGAAAACUAAGCGUUUGAAUGAACUAAAGUUGUCAGUUGUUACUUUGAAAGAAGUACAAGAAAGUUUAAAGACAAAAGUUGUAGAUUCUCCAGAGAAGGUAAAGAAUUAUAAGGAAAAAAUGAAAGACACAGUACAGAAGCUUAAAAACUCCAGGCAAGAAGUGAUGGAGAAGUAUGAAAUCUAUAGAGACUCAGUUGAUUGCCUGCCUUCCUGUCAGCAGGAGGUGCAGUUAUAUCAAAAGAAAAUCCAGGACCUUGCAGAUAAUAGGGAAAAAUUAACCAGUAUCUUAAAGGAGAGCCUGAAUUUGGAGGACCAAAUUGAGAGUGAUGAGUCAGAACUGAAGAAAUUAAAGACUGAAGAAAAUUCAUUCAAAAGACUAAUGAUUGUGAAAAAGGAAAAACUUGCCACAGCACAAUUUAAAAUAAAUAAGAAGCUCGAGGACAUUAAGCAGUACAAACGAACAGUAAUUGAAGACUGCAAUAAAGUUCAAGAGAAAAGAGGUGCUGUCUUUGAGAGAGUAACCACAAUUAAUCAAGAAAUUAAAAAAAUUAAAUUUGGAAUUCAGCAGCUAAAAGAUGCAACUGAAAGGGAGAAACUGAAGUCGCAGGAUAUAUUUCUUAGCUUGAAAACUGCUGUGGAGAAAUACCAUGAAGGCAUUGAAAAGGCGGCGGAGGAGUGUUUUGCUAGGAUAGAUGAGAAAGCUACUGAAUUGAAGAAGAGGAUGUUCAGGAUGUCAGCCUGAUCAACACAAUUGCAUUUCGUCUUGUAAAUACCUUGCUAUCCUCUUAAUUUUUGGCUUGGGAAGAGAAUAGUUAAGUUAAAGCUAAUGGAGG